AUGCCUCCUACACAGCAGCCAGCGACUGCCUCGACCGGGCCGACGACGGCCGAGGGAUCAACGGGAUUUCAGUUACCAUGGGCGGCUAUUCCGAAGUUCAUUCCUGGAACGACAGAUGUGACGGAGUACAGCAGGAAGCUGGAGUUCCUGGCGGCCAUGUGGCCCAAGGAACACUUGAGUUUGCUCGCCCCGCGGGCAGCUCUUCAGGUGGAAGGCACGGCCUUCAAGAAGAUCGCCAGUUUACCGCCAGACAAGCUUAAGAGCAGCGAUGAGUCUGGGAUCAAGCUUCUGGUUUCUACUCUGGGUGGAUCCUGGGGAAAGACAGACCUCGAGGCGAAGUAUGACGUGUUCGAGAAGGCCUUGUACGGCACCGUCCAGAAGCAGGAUGAGACGAACGAUAGUUACUUGGCCAGACAUGAUGUUCACUUCGAGGAGCUGUUGUCGCAGAGCGUGACAUUUGAGCAGGUACGUGCCUACAUAUUGUUGCGCCAGUCCCAGCUUACUUCAGAGGAUCGGAAGAAGAUCAUUUUGGAGCUUGGCGGAAGCCUAGACUACAAGAAGGUCUGCUCAUCGAUUCGGCUUUUGGGGUCCCGAUUCUUUGCCGAUCUGCAGGGUCAGAGGGUGGCGAAGUCACGGACCUACGAUGCCAAUGUGGUGGAAGAACCUCCGGAGGAAGGCGAGAAGAUGGUUCCGGCGAUGACGGCAAGCGCUGCCGUCGAAGAGGCCGAUGUGGACCUCGAUGAGGGCUUCAUGGAAGCCAUGUUGGCUUCGGAGGACCAAGACGCCUUGCAGGUUCAGGCAUUCGAGGAGGAGUUGGAAAGCUUCUUCCAGGAUACUCCUGAGCUUCAAGAGGCCUUGGUGAGCUACAUGGAAGCACGCAAUCGCUUGCUCGCAAAGAAGAAGUCCCGCGGCUUCUGGCCGAUUGGAGGAAGCAAGGGUGCUCCCAAGGGCGGUCGCAGUUUCAAGGGUGGCGGCAAGGGCAAGGGCAAGCAUCGAGAGCAGCUCCUGGCUCGUAUUGCUCGCUCGAACUGUCGGAUCUGCGGGGAAAAAGGACAUUGGAAAGCGGAAUGUCCCCGCCGCAAGGGAAACCCGAGUAGCGAAGCCACCACGACGGUGGCCGAGGCAUUCAUGGAUGUCUCCCAGGUCGCAGAUCAAGCCGUCACUCAGGAGAUUUUGACCAGCUUGCCAGCUGAUGCCUUGACCUUGGAGGAGGCGCUUUGCACGUACAAUCCUGUGGCGACUCUUGCCCAGCAAGCUAGCCAUGUUGAAGCUAUCCUUGAUACGGGUGCAAGCCGUUGCGUGAUGGGCAAGAGUUUGCUUCAGAAGUUCAUUGGCCAGCUGAGUGAUUCCGUUCGUUCCAAGAUCCGGGCGCCGACUUCCCGUGCCCCGACAGCCAGUCUCGGCACUCGUUUGGUCAAGCUGCGAGACCCCACCAUGAGUCUCAGCAUGGCCGAGAUCGAGGCACUCAGCCUCGAAAAGCACGGUGCCUUUCUGGUGAACUUUGGUACCAAAAUGAAGGGCCGCACCUUCAUGGACUGCGUGGAGGAAGGUUCCGACUGGACCAAAUGGUUCGUGGAUCACUACCACGACAGUGGCAAACGGGAACACAAGGUGUUCAUCAACUUCGUGGAAAAAUAUGUGAGCCAGGCGGAGCAGCUCGAGGUCGAGCUACGUGGCGAACCCGCCGUGAUCAAGUCGGACAAGCCUCGCAAGACAAGCAUGUUGAGUCAAGCUGCGCCAAAGGCCCGUGCUCGCGAGGACGGUCCCGAGAUCCCUUGGGAAAUGCUGGAGGAGCCUGCGCUCCAGGACCAAGUGGCGACUCUGAACAGUCGCAUGUCCCAGAUGGAGCAAGUGAUGCAGGAAAUGAUUUCAGCCAUCCGCCAGCUGAAUGCGCUGAUGCAAAGUCAGCCCACGCUGUCUGAGCUUCGCAUGUUCCUGCGAAAGGUGCCGUGGCACCUCUUUGCCGAAAGCACUGCCCGGGCCGCCGUGAUUGCCCCGAAUCCCGUGUGUCGUGCAAUGCCAAUGCUGAACCUCAUCGAGAUGUGUACAACUCUGAACAAUUCCAGAUCGCCUGUGCGGUCAUUCUGCCGUGUCGGGAACGUUAGACCGAGCCCUGAUGAAAUCUCUUGGUUUUCAAUUGCCUAUGAAGCCCCGAGUCCGGUGUUUGCCAUGACCAAUCUGGUUGAGAGCCCGCAGACUAGAGGCUGCGUGGAUGUGUACCAAGACUCCAUGUUGACGUAUUCCACCCAGUGUUUGAGCGCUAGUUGGCCUGGCCAGCGCUUCACUACAGAAGGAGAUCUAGAAACGGCUGAAGGUCAGCGAAAGCUGUGGAACCUCUUGCAACGCACGCAGCCUCGGCAUAUCUGGAUGUCUCCCGACAGCCGCUACUGGUGCUAUGCUCCAGAACAGAUUGUCUUGGGGAAGUCUGUUCGCAUCCCCGGAAGUAUCACUUCCGAUGAGGUAGGUGGCACGGUCCGGCCAAGGUCAUCUGCCAAGAAGGAAUCUGCGACCAGCUUCCCUGAGGGAGUGGCAGAGCCUUUCGACGUCCGUGUCAAAUUCCGAUCUCCCGAGCUGGCUGUUUUGUCACCAGUUCCUGUGUCCGGCGCGUCCGCCGCUCAGGGAACUGGAGAAGGCGAUAAUGACAUUGCUCAACCCGAGCAAGAGCUUACACCUCAAGUGAGCAUUCAGACGGAAGCUCCAGUUUCCCUUGAUGCGCCAGAAGUUGAGCGCGAUGCCGCAGCUCCUUCUGAUUCCGUGCAGCCGACCGUAGAGUAUAGUGAUCCUGGACAGCUUGAUGCAGCAAGCAUCCCUGUGCCCGACAGUGAGGAGGGUCUUUGCACUGAGACAGUCCUGUUAGCUAGUCACCAGUUGGGUGUUCAGGACUCUCAGGGAGAAGAAAUCAUGGAUUUCACAACGCUUCAGACUAGCGACGACUUUCAGGGACCUAAAGCGUUGGGCAUCCGAAGCAGCGCCCGAGAGGUAAAGCUGUUUGAACAGGCAAAGGCUAAAGAGUUGCAAUGCUGGGCCGUUGAUCUUUUGGGAUGGCUCCGUGCACUGUGGGGAGUAGUCCAUGUGCCUCAUUUCGAUUGGCGACAACCUGAAAAGAGCUAUAAGCUGCUGAAUACUGCUCUCGUAGUAACAAACUGCAAAUCCCUUUUUGAUCUCGUGACCAGAUUAGCCAUGCCAACCUGUGAGGAACAUCGCACGACGUUGGAAGUGCUCUUGAUUAAGCAGCGUUGCGCAGAGAACGCUCAGUUCCGGUGGAUCCCCACCACAUUGCAGGUAGCAGACAGUUUGACUAAGAAUAUGGAUCCAUCCUUGCUUCGGACAGUCCUUGCGCAAGGCCGUUUUCGCUUGUUCGAUACCUCAGAAUCCCUCGCAAGAGAUGCCCAACGCCGGAAAGCCAUUGAGUGGCUCCAACAGCCUUCCUCCCGACCCUAA